AUGUCGAGAGGAAGCAGCGCUGGAUUCGAUCGUCAUAUUACUAUCUUCUCUCCGGAAGGCCGUGUCUACCAGGUCGAAUAUGCGUUCAAGGCAAUCAACUCGACAAAUUUGACAGCUGUUGCUGUUAAGGGUAAAGAUACAGCCGUGAUCGCCGUUCAAAAGCGAGUACCGGACAGCUUGAUUGUCGCUGAUACUGUUACUUCGGUUUAUCAAAUCUCUCCAACCGUCGGAUGCUGCGCCAUCGGAAUGAUUCCUGAUGCUAAAUAUCAGAUCAAACGUGCGCAAUACGAGGCCGCAAACUGGAAGUACACUCACGGAUACGAUAUGCCGUGUGAACAGCUUGCCAAGAAAAUGGCCGAUUUAAACCAAUACUACACUCAGAACGCUGAGAUGCGCAGUCUCGGAUGUGCUUUGGUGUUCAUUUCGUACGACGAUGAAGACGGACCAGUUGUGUAUAGAGUUGAUCCGGCUGGAUAUUAUCGCGGAUUGAAAGGAGUAUCUGUUGGUGUCAAACAGGUUGCUGCCACCUCAUUUCUUGAGAAGAAGAUUAAGAAGAAAGCUGAUCUUUCCAAGAACGAAGCUAUUGAAUUAGCUAUUGAAGGGCUUCAGACCGCUCUUGGUGUUGAUGUUCGUUCCAAGGACAUCGAAGUCGUUAUCGUUACCAAAGAAAACACCAAGUUCACAAAGUUGACAAACGACCAGGUCGAACACCAUUUGAAUCAGAUUGCAAACCGCGAUUAA